CAUGAGAUACACGCUAUUAUCCGUUCAGAUGAUACAAGUAAAAAGAAAAAAUCCAAAUAAACCGUUUUUCAUCAGAACACAGACUAGCAUAACAUUAACUAGCAACAGUAAACUAGAAACAUGAAAAAGUAACAAGGAAACAUACAAACAAGCCCAUAUGUAGCUCAGAAAUUGGAAACCGAAUGGAACAGAUCGCGGAACAGUGAAAAGGGACAAGGAUUGCGGUACAGUGAAAAAGGACAAAUCCAAGUUGCUUCGUUUCACUAGUGUUGAAUAAUGGAUUAUAAUUGGUUCCAUUUAUCCAGAUAUAUGGGUCCAUACAGUAUGGAUCAACAUAGGAUACAGCAGCAGCAGCGUGGUGUGGGCGAACCUAUGAUGAACGCCGGACAAAUGAACGAAGGACAAAUGAGCCCAGGGCAAAUACACACCAGGCAAAUGAGUCCCGGACAAAUGAACGCUGGGCAAUUAAACGGACCAUACACCAGUCAGUCCAUUCUUCACUGCGCACAACAAGGGUCUCUAGCCCAGGAACCCAGACAUGCUUCGAAUGGGUACGGCACUCGAUCUAUGAAUAUGAACAGUUACCACCAGGUCCCUACAACGCAUACAAAUACAGGCUCCAAUCAGGUCCCUGCGACAUAUACAAAUACAGGCUCCAAUCAGGUCCCUGUGACAUAUACAAAUACAGGCUCCAAUCAGGUCCCUGUGACAUAUACAAAUACAGGUUCCCACCAGGUCCCUACCACAUUUUCAAAUAC